AUGAUUCACUCGGUACUAAUAUUCAAUAAGGAUGCGAUGCCUCGCUUGAUGAAAUUCUACACUCCAAUAGAUCUCAAUACUCAAACACUUCUUCUUCGUCAGGUGUUCCAGUUGAUUUCUCUGAGGCCGGCAAAUCAAUGCUCAUUUCUUACACCUCCGCCACUUUUGGAAGGCAUCGAAGAUGUCAGGGUGAUUUACAGACAUUAUGCUACAUUGUAUUUUGUGUUCAUUGUAGAUGAACAAGAAAGUGAGUUGGGAAUCUUGGAUUUGAUCCAAGUGUUUGUGGAGUGCUUGGAUAAGUGUUUCCAAAAUGUUUGUGAAUUAGACUUGGUGUUUGGUUGGCAGGUUCUAGAGACUGUAUUGGAAGAAUUGGUCCAAGGUGGAUUGGUGGUCGAUACCAAUUUGUCAAAGAUCGUGGCCGCCGUUGAUAACUUCAACGGUGCUACGGGGAGUAGUGGCAGUGCAAGUUCAAGCCUGACUUCCGGGUUUGGCAGUUUAACCGCUGCUUCAAAUGCAUUUUCCAAUGCUUUUCAACAAAUGGCAAGUAACAGAGGCGUUUGGUCUGGUCGAUGA